AGAACUGACCAAUUUCAGUUCUAUCAGCCGAGUCACGGUUAUAACCUCUAAAAUAUCGGCAACUGUGGUUCAGAUCAGAAUCACAUUAUAUGAGGAAGGUUUGAGUCUGACGUGUCCAAUUUUCCAAUUUGAAAUGCAUUCCGUAUUGCAACGAGGCAACUCGAUACUGGCUUACACACUGAGCGUUUUGGCUUUCUUAACAUUUUGUUGCUUCCUUUCAACCGUAUUUCUGGACUACAGCACACAGACGAACAUAAAUACGGUAAAAGUACUUGUUAAAAAUGUGCCGGAUUAUAGCGCAUCGCGAGAGAAGAAUGAUUUGGGAUUCCUGACUUUUGAUUUGCAAACCGAUCUCACGAGCUUGUUUAACUGGAAUGUCAAGAUGCUGUUUCUCUAUUUGACCGCUGAAUAUACAACACCAAGUAAUGAACUUAACCAGGUAGUGCUGUGGGAUAAAAUUAUUUCAAGAGGGGAAAAUGCAAUUUUGGACUUUAAAAAUAUGAACACCAAAUACUACUUUUGGGAUGAUGGUGCCGGCUUAAAAGGCAACAAAAAUAUUACUUUGAGUUUGUCUUGGAAUAUUAUCCCAAAUGCGGGUCUUCUUCCAAAUAUAUUUGCUCGGGGACAGCACUCAUUCAAAUUUCCUUUAGAAUACACAACUUCCAGGAUGUAACCAAUUAUUUAUUCAUUGUCUUGUUU